CCCCGAAUCGGCGGGCUUGUUGUCCCCGCGAGUUUUCUCGUGGCGGGGAAUCCCCGUUCUGUUGGGUCGCUUAGGAAUGUUAGCUUGGUUGUGUGCUGCCCAGUUUCGAUGAUGAGGUGGGAAUAGAUGCGUCGACGCUGUUACAAGAACUGUAUGAAAUUUCCACGAAUUUGUAAUCAAGGAGAAAAAUGAAAAGGGCAGUCAUUUUUGUAGUUUUAAAGAGCGUUGUUAUGAACUAUGGCAUUGUAAUCCUGGAAGAAACUCUCGAGGGGAUAUUGGUAUUUGUUGCUACUUAGUAAGGUAAAUGUCCUGCAAAAUAUGUGAGUUUCUUUCUUAUAAAGACAGGACAAUAGAUAACUUGCUGAAAUUUAUUUUAAGGGAAUUAGCCAGGGGCUUCUUCAUAGCCUGAUAGGGAUUCCACAGAGGUUGCUUGAAAAAUAAAAGGGGAUUUCAGAUAUGUACUAUUGGCUACAGAAAAUCCAUAUCAAUUCUGUAGGUUCUUUAGCUUGAUAAUUUAUUGCAUCAAAAAGGAUUUCAAGCUUUAUAGCUAUCGUUAUCCCAACUUUGGGUUGAUGGUUUCAUGUCACCCGCCUUUCCUGGCUUGUUGUAGGCUUCCUGCACAUGAUGCCAUGCAAAUUCUAGUUCUAAGAAUAGUUGGUAUAGCUGGCAUUGGAUUAUGUGACCUUAAGAUAUUUACAGCAGAUUUUGUGACCUUCUGCUAUAUAUCAUGAUGUGAUAAGUUGAUGGCUUGCUGUCAAGUUGUGCGUUUCAUUUACUACAGUACUGGUUCCUCUCCCUUGGUUGCAGGGACUGAUGACGAUCUUCCCCUGGCACAAAAUAGAGGACUAAGAGGACGAUCAUUCAGUGGGAAUGGCCGAGCAUCUGUUGUGCCAUUCCCUUUCAUGAGGACACAUAAUGAUUUAGAGAGUGAAAUACAUCGGGUUGAGCAAGAUGCAUAUACUGGUGUUCUUAGAGCAUUCAAAGUGCAAUCUGAUGCAAUAUCCUGGGAAAAAGAAAGUUUGAUUACUGAACUCAGGAAAGAACUGAGGGUUUCUGAUGAGGAGCACAGGGAACUAUUGAACAAGGUUGAUGAAGAUGGGACCAUCCGUCGAAUGAGGGAGUUGAGACAGGGAGGUGGAACCCAGAGUGGUCUGCAUCGUGGCAGUAGGGCUCUAUAUGAUGCAGAACCUGGGUCCACUGCCAAGAGGCAAAGAACAUCUCAUUCAAUUCCUUCACAAUCUGCAGGUCUCCAAUCCCCUGUCAUGCCUUCCCACUCAGUUCAAUCUGCAAAAUGGGGCCCCUUGUCAGCAAAAGGCAAGAAGGCAAAGACGCCCAUGCCAUUGGCACUACCAUCUGUGGAUCCAAGUUCAUUAAUAAACCGCAAAAUUUAUACAAGGUGGCCAGAAGACAACAACUUCUAUGCGGCCACCAUAACCAAUUAUGAUCCCGCAACGGGUGAACAUGCUCUCGUCUAUGACAUGGGCACACAAUCUGAGACUUGGGAGUUGGUCAGGCUUUGUGAUAUGGCACCUGAAGAUAUAAGAUGGGAUUUUGAGGGUCAUGGCAUUUCAAAUCGAGAUGGCUGGGCUCCUUCUGGUCCUUCGUUGAAGAGGCACCCGAGCAACAAUGGUGCCAUGGCAGGUGCAAGCAGGAGAGGCAGGUUAUCAACAAUUGCGCCUAUAAAGGAUUAUGCUCCACCUCAAAACGGCAUCAAUAGGAAUAUCAAUCACAUUGACAUACCCAACACUGAAAGUGUUGUGAUAGAGGUGGAGAGGGUAUUGUCCAAUCCAAAUAUGCGUGAAAUUGAAAAGGCAAGGAAACUGCUGAAAGAUCAGGAGCAGUCAUUACUUGAUGCAAUUGCCAGACUUGACGAAGCGUCGGAUAGUGAAAGUGAAGAUAUGGCAACGGAAGGCCGAAUGGGUUCUGCUGGUGACCACAUGGGUGGGAAUGGCAUUGCUUGUUAGUAGUUACUGGCAAGUUGUUGGAAUUGGAAGAGUAACAUGACUUUGUGGACCACCUGCCUGGAUCACUGAAGCAAGAAACCGUGUGAUGGGGAAACUGACAUGCCAAAAAGGGUGUGCUGAGAACAGUUGGUCCCUGAAGUGGGGUUCUUUUGCUACUCAGAAUUGAGCACACGAGGCGCAGGGAUAUGCAAAUGAAAAGGAACUGUCGAGGCACCAUUCCUUCAGGUGAUUAUGGCGGUGGUAUUUCCUCUGUAAUAGACUAGAAGCAACUCUAAUCUUCUAGAAAUGAUUGUUAACAUGAAUCACCUGAAGAUUCCUGAAUUCAGUACAGACUGACGUCUAACCCUAGUGUAAUAUCCAUUACUUACUUGAAGAUUCCCGAAUUCAGUACAGACUGACGUCUAACCCUAGUGUAAUAUCCAUUACUGUCUCAAUUCAUCUUGAAUUUUGCUGU